CAUGGAUGCCGCGAGAUAACAACAACAACAGCGGCCACACUCUGCAUAACAUCAAAUUCCAGAGACGUUGCAAGCACAAAAAAUUGCCACGUCUGGCAGCAUCGCUAUCGAUGCCAGUGAUGCCCAUGUCCAAGAAUAGUAUCCCUAACGCUGCUGCUGGAGAACACGGCAGCAUUAGCUCUCCGAACACGCCAGGCGGUGGUGGCAUUGGUGGUGGGUGCAGUAGCAGCAGCAACAACAGCAUUAAUAGCGGCAGCUACGCGAGUGCAUCCUCAGUGCCCGUCGCAUGCACACCGCCGCCGUCGACGCAUCACCCCCCCACCACCACCACCAGGGAGGCGGGAGAGCCGGAGGCGGAGUGCCACCGGCACCGCCGAGUGCCGCUCACGGCAAUCAGACCGGAUCUUCGGGGCACAAGAACAGCCUCAAGGGAACGAAGCUGGCACGACGGGCGCGCUCCUUUAAAGACGACCUGAUCGAAAAGAUAUCCCUGAUGCGUACCACUAACAACACGCUGGGUCGCUCCCACUCGCCGCACAGUCCGCGUUCAAAGCACGGUGUUGGCGUCAAGCUGGCCCCCUCAAAUGAGGAGGUGCAGCGCUCCACACAGACGCUAGAGACGCACGUCAAGGAUAUAUCGAAUGCCCUCAAGCACUUUCGGGACGUUAUUCUAAAGAAGAAGCUCGAGGUGCUGCCCGGCAAUGGUACGGUCAUCUUGGAGACCAUUGCCAGCAUGUAUUCCGUUAUCCAAACGUAUACCCCACUGAAUGAGAACAGUGCCAUCAUGAGCUCGGCCACGCAGCAGGUCUACCAAUCCCUGGCAAAACUCAUCAAACUCUGCGACGAGGUGAUGCUCUCCGACGAGAGCGGCGAGUGCCCCUCCCUCAGCAACGAGAAUGUGCGCGAGGUUAUCGAUCUACUCGAAGAUGCAGUGAGGAAUCUCGUAACCCUGGCCCAGGGUAAGUUGAAGGAACAGGAUCAGUGCAACUUUCGCUACAGCGGCUCCUCCGGCCUGGGUGGAAUCGGGGCCGCAGCCGAGAUUAUGGGCGCGGUAACAGCAUCCAGUACGAACGCAGUCGCUGGUGGCGGCACAUUACCUGUAGGUGGUGUGCCCGGCACCGGUAUCACGGGCGUGGCCAGCAUGCGGAUAUCCGCUGUCGAGAACGCCGCCGUGGCACAGCGCACCUCCCUGCCGGACAUUGCCCUGUCGCCGAAGGAGCGGGCCAGCCUGGAGCAUCGGAAUGUGAAUCCCAUGCGGGGGUCGCACAGCACCGAGAGUAUACUCCGCGACACGAGUCCGCCGCCAAAGCCGCCGCUACCGAAUCGGGCCAGCAAUCCCCCACCGUUGCCCCCCAAGCGACGCAGCCAGCCGCAAGCGCCUCCUGGCGGCUCCUCCUCAUCCACGUCAACGUCGAACCAGGCCAGUCCGCUGCCCUAUGCGCAGUCGCACAACAUCAGCCUCAACUCGGAUCUGGACUGCAGUUCGAACAUCUCGCUACUGAACUACGGUGUGGAUCGACUCUCGGUGCGUUCCCGUUCCCCGGAUGAGAAUAGCCAAUGCUCCUUUGACUCGGCUCUGAAUCACUCGCGCGAGGAGGAGGAUCCGCAGCAACAGCAACAGAAGCAUCCCUUGAAGCUGAUGGAAGAGGAUGCAGACAAGAUGAUCAGCUACAGUUUCGUGUCGAUGAAGUCGUUCCGCACCUCCACGCAGAGCGUCUCCAAGCGUUCCUCGGACUACAGCGUGCAAUCGUCGGCCAAAUCGUCGAGCAGCAAUUCGGAGAUUGCGAUCAGUAUCAGUGAGUCGGCGACAGCGAGUGCGGCCAGCAGCGAGUACCAGCAGAUCAGCCAAUCGGUCAGCCACAGCAGUCAGCGGCAACAGCAGCACAUCUCCAGCAGCAGCAGCAGUAGCAUGACCACCACCACCAUGAGCAGCUUCAGCAGCGGCGAUCAGCAGGAGCAGGCGGCGACAACGGAGGCUGCAGCACCCGCCCUGCCGCCCAAGACGACAACACCGCGCACGCUGACGCGUCACGAAUCGAGCGCCCUAGACGAGCUGGACUGGAGUCAGGGGGCAGCCAGCAGUGGUAGCAGCAAUGCCGCAGAUGUGGCAGAGCUGAGACAACUGUCGCCGCACCAUCACCACCAGCAACAGCUGCACCAGUGGCAUUCGAAGCACCACAGCCUAAUCGAACCGCCGCGCAGUGCACCCCACUAUUUGGCUGGAAGUUGCAGCGCCUUCGAUCAGAGGCAUCUCGAUGAGCCGCCGCCGUUGCCCAUGAAGAAGAAGUACAUUCUGGCCUACAUGGAAAUCUGCACGGCCUCGACUCGCUCCAUCGAGCAGCACCGACACACGAUGCAUGCGUGCAACAUCAGCCGUAAUAUCUCCCACAGCCAGACAAUGAACAUUAUGCCCAUGAGCAAGGAGCUGUCCCCCGAGCUGGAAACGCCACCAGCCUUGCCGCCAAAGAACUACAAGCAGCGCAAGCCGGCGCAGUCUUUGCAGCCGAUAAUUGUCACCACACCGCCCCCCAGUCCAAAGCCAACUCUCGGCGAGAAUGGAUCGGGCGGUGGCAGCGGCGGGCGGCCAGACAGCCGUAUGGCCACUGUCUCUGAAGAGCGUAACGAUUCCCUGGUCCUCGACAGCAAUGAGAAUGUGAAUGUCAGCUCUGGCGAUGCCGACGGCGAAGGCGAAGGUCAGACCUUCUAUUGCCACUCGCAUCAGCUGCCGGAUGACUCGCUGGCACCGACAACAUCGGCGGACAAUGAUCAGCGGCAUGAACAGCAUCAGCAGCCCAUAAAUACGCCCAAGCUGCUUGAUGAAGAUCAAGAGUCAAGAGUCGCCCCAGAGUCGGAUGCUGAGAAGCAGCAGGAGCAGCAACAGCGUCAGCGGCAGUCAGAUGGUAGCGAGAGGCAGCAUCAUCAGGACGCUGGCGAGGUGGAGACGGUGAUCAAUAUGCUGGAGGAGGUCAAUAUAACGCGCUAUCUAAUACUCAAGAAGAAGGAGGAGGACGGGCCUGAGGUCAAGGGCGGCUACAUUGACGCGCUCAUUGUGCACGCGAGCCGCGUCCAGAAGGUCGCCGACAACGCAUUCAGCGAGGCGUUCAUCACCACCUUCCGCACCUUCAUCCAGCCGAUCGAUGUGAUCGAGAAGCUCACCCAUCGCUACACAUACUUCUUCUGCCAGGUGCAGGAUAACAAGCAGAAGGCCGCCAAAGAGACCUUCUCGCUGCUGGUGCGGGUUGUCAAUGAUUUAACAUCUACGGAUCUCACGAGCCAACUGCUUAGCCUCCUGGUGGAGUUUGUCUACCAGCUGGUCUGCUCCGGACAGCUAUAUCUGGCCAAGUUGCUGCGCAACAAGUUCGUGGAGAAAGUGACGCUCUACAAGGAGCCCAAGGUAUAUGGCUUUGUCAACGAACUGGAGCUGGGCGGAACCAUUACCAGCAGCGGAGCCGCUGUCGGCGGCAUCGGCGGAAGUGUAGGUGGUGGUCUGUCCGGUAAUAGCAGCAGCAGCAUGAGCAGCGGCAGCAGCAAUCAUCCCAGCCUGCUGGACCUCAAGUCCCUGGACAUUGCCGAACAGAUGACACUGCUGGAUGCGGAGCUGUUCCAGAAGAUCGAGAUACCCGAAGUAUUACUAUUUGCCAAAGAUCAGUGCGAGGAGAAGUCGCCCAACCUCAAUAAGUUCACCGAGCACUUUAACAAAAUGUCCUACUGGGCUCGCUCCAAGAUCCUGCGACUGCACGACGCCAAGGAGCGGGAGAAGCAUGUGAAUAAGUUUAUUAAAAUCAUGAAGCAUCUGCGCAAGAUGAACAACUAUAAUUCGUAUCUGGCGCUGCUCUCGGCCCUCGAUUCGGGUCCCAUUCGAAGGUUGGAGUGGCAGAAGAGCAUCACCGAGGAGGUGCGCUCCUUUUGCGCCCUCAUCGAUUCCAGUUCCAGUUUUCGGGCCUAUCGCCAGGCCCUGGCCGAAACCAAUCCGCCCUGCAUACCCUAUAUCGGUCUGGUCCUGCAGGAUCUGACGUUUGUGCAUGUGGGCAACCAGGACUAUCUGUCCAAGGGCGUCAUCAAUUUCUCCAAACGCUGGCAGCAGUACAACAUCAUUGUGAACAUGAAGCGUUUCAAGAAGUGUGCGUAUCCGUUUCGACGCAACGAGCGGAUCAUACGGUUCUUUGAAAACUUCAAGGACUUCAUGGGCGAGGAGGAGAUGUGGCAGAUAUCGGAGAAGAUCAAGCCACGCGGACGUCGGCCCCAAAACUACUAAAACAAAAAAUACAAAAACAACA